CUUCCUUUUGUGGCAACCCUGCGAUUAAACGUUCGUUGGAGUUCGCCUCAGCUCCAGCCAUGGCAGAGAAGGUAUCAACGUUGAUCAUUGAAGCCAACCUCGAAUGCGAGAAAUGCUACAAGAAGAUUCAGAAAGUGCUAUGCAAACUCCAAGAGAAGGAGAAGAUCAGGACCAUCAACUUCGACACGAAGAAGAACAUGGUGACCGUCUCCGGUCCGUUUGACCCGGUGAAGCUGUCGAAGAAGCUGCGAUGCAAGGCGUGCAAGGCGAUCAAGGACAUCAAGAUCGUCGAAGAGAAGAAGCCCGAUGCCAAGAAGCCGGAGGAGAAGAAACCCGAGGAGAAGAAGCCGGCCGCCGAUGGCUGCAAGUGCUGCUGCAAGAAGCCCGACGAGAAGAAGCCGGAUGAGAAGAAGAAGACCGACGAGAAGAAGCCGGAAGAAAAGAAGCAGGAAGAAAAGAAAGAGGAAAAGAAGGAAGAAAAGAAGAAGACGGGUGACAAGAAGAGCGAGGAGAAGCCCAAACCGGCCGCGCCGGCGGCACCGUCGACGACGGUGAACCUGCAGUUCACGCAGAUGUGUAACCUCUGCUACCCGUGGCCGUGCAGCGACCCGAGCCACUGGGGAGGUGUACACCAGUACCCGCAUCCCCAGCAGCCGCAGUGGCCGUGCGAGCCGCCGCAGAUGCCGGCGUACCCCGCCCCCCACCACCCUCAGCACCCGCCCUGGGCGGCGCCGGCGACCCCGAAGAGGCAGCCGUGCGGAGGCCCGGCGUACUGCGGAGGAGGGUGCGGCUCGUGCGGCGGCGGAGGCGGUGGCGGCGGGUACGGGGCGUGGCCGCCGCCGAUGCCGACGCCGCUGCAGAUGAUGCAGCCCCCGCCGAUGGGCUGCGGCGGGCCGGCGUCGUCGUGCAGAGGGUGCAAGGGCUGCCGGAUCGUGCAGGAGGGGAGGUUCAUCUACGAGGAGUACCCGCCCAGUGCGUGCACCGUCAUGUGAUCUCAGGCCGGCAACCGUGCAUGCAUGGCAGUUCGACCACCUCUCUGCAUGUUGUUUUUCGUGGUAAUUCGAUGUUCCAUGUUUGUCCUGUAUGUUUCGUGCACAGUACUGCAUUUGUUUAUGUGUACCUGUAGCAAAGAAGGUGUAGCUGCCACGUACAUUUUUCAGUGUGAAAAUAUAUGCUCUCGGAACAAUUGAUGUA